CAAGACAUUACAAUACUAAACGGAGGCGAGACGAGAGAAUGACAGCUCUCAUGUAAAUUUUCAAUGACCAUUUCUCAUCGAUUAUAUUGUAAUAAUUUUAAUAAUUCAUUGUCAACUAAAAGUGAUUAACAUCGUCCGAACGUUUUACAAGUGUAGCAAAUUUUAAUCCAAUAUUUGCAUUACAGUUUAUUUUAAAUAACGAUUGUAUAGUUUGUUUGUGACUCACCUUGCAUCACGUUUGAUAAGUUCUUUGACAGUAGGUUGAAUUGAACAAAAGUAAAGUGUAAAAAUGGAUAUUGGAUUUUCUUCAUAUCACAAUGGUGGGCCAGUAAGAGAGCAAGAUUUUGAAAGACUUUCACAAACAGUUGGGACAUCAAUCCUUAAAAUUUCUCAAAAUGUGUCAUCAAUGCAAAAGAUGGUCAACCAGUUGGGAGGAUCGACAGAUUCACAGGAGCUUCGAAAUCAACUGCAUCAAAUUCAACAUUAUACACAGCAACUGGCUAAAGACACGAAUGUACAUCUAAGAGAUCUGGCAGCGAUUGUCAGUAAUUCAUCAUCAAAUAGUCCUGGAGAUCAAACGCGUCGAAAAAUGCGUAUGCAAACAGAAAGGCUCCAAGACGAAUUUAUGUCUGCUUUAAACAGUUUUCAAAGUGUUCAGAGACAAGCAGCAGCCAAAGAAAAAGAAAUGGUUCGAAAAGCUAAAGUUAAUGCUGGUGUUGUACCAUUUGGCGAGAAAAAACAAGAAACAUUAAUUGAGCUACAAGAUAGCAGAACACAAAAACAGAUACAACAACAGAACUUACAAGAUGAACAAAAUUUACGUAUGCUUGAAGAACAAGAAGCCAGUAUACGUCGACUGGAGAGUGAUAUUAGUGAUGUAAAUCAAAUAUUCAAAGAUUUAGGAGCUCUGGUACAUGAUCAAGGGGUUGUAAUUGAUUCAAUCGAAGCAUCAGUAGAAAGAACAGAAGUAUUUGUGCAUGAAGGCGCUCAACAAUUGAGGACAGCAGCAACUUACCAAAAUAAGUUGCGGAAAAAGAAGUGUGUAUUAGUAAUAAUUGGGGCUGUGGCUGUUUCUAUUUUGAUUGGAAUAAUUGUUUGGCAAACAUCUUAAGAUUUACUAUUAUUUUACUUUGGUACUUU